GGGUGUUGGUCAGAUGUGUGGUAACAAAGGGUAUUUAAGGGACUGGCUGCUAAACAUAGGCGGCCUUGUUCUAUAUAAAGAAAACUAGUGUAAACAAGAAACACUUGACCUUCCAGUGGUAGAGGAAGAGUUGGCAAUGACCUUGAGAGCCAAGAACAUGACCUUUGACCCCUCUGUGAUAAAUUAGUGAUGAAAUGUUGACGAUGAAGAAGAAUAAAUAUUGGGAGAUAGUGAAGACUUUGAUAUGGGUUGCUGCAUUUGUUGCAUACGGGCAGCUGGAAUACCUCGGGGUGGACGACUCACCUGGGGGAGCCAACAUGAGCGCCCCAGGGGUCAACAUCACAGGGGGGGACGCCACUGGGGAGGGCCUGGGGCUUUUCUCAGGGGAGGAUGUUGCCUUCUCAAACCUCUACCCUGCUGUUAUUGAGUGCUUCGUCAUCAUACUUUGUGGGUAUUUGGCGGGGCGCUGUAACCUCAUCUCCCAGACCGAGGCCAAGGGCUUAAACACCUUUGUCGGAACCUUCAGUCUCCCCUCGCUGAUUUUUAUGUCCAUGGCUCAACUGGACUUCAGCGCCGUCAACUGGACAUUCCUAGCGUCAAUCUGCAUCAGCAAGGCGGUCGUGUUCGCUGUCGUGGUUGUGGUCACCCUCCUUGUCUACCGGCCGGUGGACACGGGGCGGGCCGGUCUGUUCGCAAUCUUCUGUACCCAAAGCAAUGACUUCGCCCUAGGAUACCCCAUCAUCGCCGCGCUCUACGGGAAAACGCACCCGGAUUUUGCCUCGUACCUGUAUCUGGUCGCACCCAUAUCCCUGGUCUUCCUUAACCCUCUUGGAUUCAUUUUGAUGGAGAUCGGGAAGCGGAGACGGAAGAUGGAGCAAGAUGGCGGAGGAGGAAACGGAAUGGGGGUGGAGGGCGGGAAGAAGGAGAAUGGAUGCCGGCUUGCCCUCCACAUCGGAAAGGACGUUCUGCUCAAUCCCAUAGUCCUUAUGACCACUCUCGGGAUCUUGGGAAAUUUCGUCUUCAGUCAUACCCUUCCCAAUAUACUGGAGGGGAUCUUGAAGGUCCUCGGCCAGGCCUUCUCGGCAACGGCACUCUUCCUCCUGGGUCUGCGUAUGGUGGGAAAGGUUCAGACCCUCCGUGGCUCUGGUCUGGUCCUCCCUGGCAUCCUCAUAGCCACCAAAACCCUGAUCCUGCCGCUGGUCACUAGGGAGGUCGUCAGCCUGCUCCAGCCCGGGUCGAGUGCGAAUGAGACGGCGGAUUUCUCAAACUAUGGAUUCUUGUACGGCACUUUCCCGACGGCACCUGGAGUGUUCGUGUUCGCUACGCAGUACAAUGUUGCUGUGGACCUGAUGGCAUCGUCUAUGGUAGCGUGCACCUUCCUCUCGGCUCCUCUCAUGUUCGUCUCCGCCAAGAUGGUCACGCUGGUCCACAUCAACCCAGCAGAUUACGUCAAGGAGCUGGAGGCUAUUCUGCUCAAUGUGUCCAUCGUGGGGCUUAUAUCAACGGUGUGGGUGUUGAUCGUCUUUCUACUGAGCAAGAAGUGGAGGAAGGUCCCGCACUUUGUAACCAUGUGCCUUGCUAUCUCCCAGUGUGUGGCUUGCGUCGGUGCGUUGCUGUGGUCUGUUUUGGAGUGUAGCCACACCUGGAAACUCUACCUGCAGUUCGUCCUCUUCUCCUGGGGUGUGUUUGCCUCGAGACUAUGGACGGCCCUCCUCGCGAUCACACUCUUUCUCCUACGCUGGAAGUCGCUGUGUUUCGUCCUUCGCCUCAGACCGUUCCUCGCUAUUGUGGGAUGGGGACUCCCGGCCGUGUUGGUAACAGUGCUGAUAUUGAUGGUCCAGCAGGAAACAGAAGUGGCUGACAAGCAUGACCCAAACUUCCAAUACGGGUCAGCUCAGGCUAUUGUGUCCCUUCUACUCCUCUGGUUCAGCCUCUUCACUACCAUGGUCUGCCUAAUCCUUCACCAGCGACAUGAGAAGCGUUAUGCCCAGUACGAGUCGCUGCUGAACCAGGAUGACGCAGAUGCCCGGCCCUCGCCCAACGCAUCGCCGCGCUCAUCCACCACGGAGGCGCCCAGGCUAAACAUGAAUGGUACCCUCUCCCUCUCCACCACCUCCUCCACCGCCUCGCUGAUGGAGAACGCAGUGGAGAGGCCGCUGGAGGAAGCUUACUCCACCUCAGAUAGUGACAGUCUCUUCAGCUACAACGACGAACUCAGCGCCCGGGGACAGCGGGGCGCGGGGAGCACACUGGGGGAGCUGGUGUGCGUGGAGGGGGGCGGGGGGAGCCAGCGUUUCCCCCUGACGGAGCCGGAGGAGGUUGGCAUCGUGCGGGACAGGGAUGAUGAGUUCCAGAUGAUGAGGCACGUGGUUCUGCUCCUGUUCCUCUGCGGCUCCAUGAUUGUGGGAUUCGCACUCUGCAUGUGGACUCUCGUAACGGAGGAGGUCAACGGAAUCUACAUUGAACUCGUGUUUCUGGACAUUGUGUUAAAUUUCGGACAAGGCUUUUUCACGGCUGCCAUCUUCGGCCUCGACACUCGCCUCGUCGUCGUUCCAAUGCUUAGGUGGUGGAGGCGAGUCUUCCAGGGGGCGGCUGUUGUUCGUACACCCCUGUGGGAGGACCUGGACCCGGUGACUCGGCAGACCUGUGAGCAGUUUACGAGUUAUCACAUGGACAAGUGUAUUAAAGACAUUGUCAGGGAUCGGAGAUGGCGUCUACAGAACCUGAGCGGAGUCUUCAUCGGCAAGGAGCUCGUGGACUGGCUAAUCCUGGUCGGGCUCUCCAGCGACCGCACCGACGCUGUCAAGUACGGGCGCCGUCUACUCCAGGGGGGGGUCAUUGCCCAUCUACAUCUCCAGCACCAUUUCCACGACCAGGCCAUCUUCUACAGCUUCAGAAACCAUCGCCACCACAGACAUAGCAGUGAGGGGCGUGUGGGUGCAGAUACCAAUGGAGUGGUUGUUCGGGAUUGAGUGCGUGUGUGUGUGUGUGUGUGUGUGUGUGUGUGUAUAUAUCCUGUUCGACACCACAGUCAACACCACCACCAGAAAUUAACGAUUGUAUGUACGCGCGUGUGUGUGUGUGUGUGUGUGUGUGAUUUUAACUCCAAGUAGAAGUACCCUACCUCAUAACGCACCCUAGCAGUCUUCAAAAGGGUGCGAGGGUGCAAGGGUGUGUCCAGUAUCCAUGUAAUCCCUCCACACACCUCGCGGACUGGUGAUUGGUUGACUCGUAAGGACGCUAAGUGUAAUUGUCAAGCAGGUUUUGAGCUGCCCUUUGCCGAGAAUUGUUGAAGGAUUUGGUUUGUUGGGUUAAAUGUCACAGCUUCCUUCCUUCAUUGUGAUUCCUUCCUUCCUUCCUUCCUUCCUUCCUUUCUUUCUUCCUUUCUUUCUUCCUUCUUUCCUUUCCUUUCCCACCAAAUUUAUCCUUUCCUCUUUCUCUCUCUCUCUCCUUCCUUCCUUCCUUCCUUCCUUUCCUUUCCUACCAAAUAUAUCCCAUCCUCUCCUUCCUUCCUUCCUUCCUUCCUUCCUUCCUUCCUUCCUUCCUUCCUUCCUUCCUUCCUUCCUUUCCUUCCUUCCUUACCAAAUCAGUCCCUUCCUUCCUUCCUUCCUUCCUUUCUUGCCAAAUCAAUCCCUUCCUUCCUUCCUUCCGUCUAUCCUUCGAGGGCAUUGUUCAGAAUGUGGUAGGUUAAGGGAGGGAAGGAUCUUGGUGAGCUAUAGGAUCUGAGGAUAGGACUCUUCUGCUGUGUGUGUGUGUGUGUGUGUGUGAUGUUGUUAUAAUAUUUUCUCCGAUCAAAGUUUUUAGACGUUUUACAUAUCUGGUUCUGUGUUUUUUCAUGCGUUUUACAGAGGCUAGAUUUUGCUUACUCUUAAUUUCUCUCUUUUAAUGAUGUUCUUUGCGUGUUUUUUGCUGUUUUAUAAUUGCUGUUUUUUCUCUCUGUUCCUACGUUUUAAAGAGUCGUGGUUUUACUUUUAAAAUCAUCAACUUGUCACAAUAGAAAAAACGAGGGAGAGAGAGAGAGAGAGAGAGAGAGAGAGAGAGAGAGAGAGAGAGAGAGAGAGAGAGAGAGAGAGAGAGAGAAAUUAACAAGAACAACAAUAACAAGAACAAAAACACAAAAUUAUGAGUUCAAACUUAAAGAACAAGGUUGUGUGAGAGAGAGAGAGAGAGAGAGAGAGAGAGAGAGAGAGAGAGAGAGAGAGAGAGAGAGAGAGAGGUGCUUCCUUGACGUAAUAACAUUUUAGCUUCGACACCAGAGCGCAAAGACUGGCUGUGUCCUUAACAUUAGAAGGCGUUAGACCAUAGAUAGACAGGCAGUAGUAGUAGUAGUAGUAGUAGUAGUAGUAGUAGUAGUAGUAGUAGUAGUGGUUGAGUAUGUAUUAUGCAAUGUUGAAUAUAUUCUAAUCUCGAAAUGGCUGUGUUCUGUGUGUGUGUGUGUGUGUGUGUGUAUUUAUAGAGCUUGUGUUGUGUGUGUGCGUGCGUAUGUGUGUGUGUGUUCGUACCCAUAUGCGUGUCUUAACAGUUUCGAAUCAAGCUCGUAAGUGACUCGUAAUUUUAUCGCAAUUAUUUUACGUACGAUUUCUUAAAAAUUUACAGACAUAUAUUUUUCAACGUGUGAUUUCAUUCCGCCGAAGCGUCUGUGUGCGUGUCUGUGUGUGUGUGUGUGUAUGUGUGUGUGUGUGUGUGUGUGUGUCUGUGUCUUAAUAAAUUAGAAUCAAGAAUUUUUACAUACAAUUCCUUAAAAUUUACAGACAUAUAUUUUUCAACGCGCAAUUUCAUUCCGGCGAAGCAUCAAUGUGCGUGUCUGUGUGUGUGUGUGUGUGUGUGUCUUAACAAUUUAGAAUCAAGAAUUUUUACUUAUGAAUACUUAAAAUUUACAGACAUAUUUUUCAACGCGCGAUUUCAUUCCGGCGAAGCAUCAGUGUGCGUGUCUGUGUGUGUGUGUGUGUGUGUGUGUGUGUGUCGUUAGUGUUUAUACCACAAGCUGUUCCAUAUUCGUAAGAGUGUACUAGCGUAUAUUGGAGCAUUAAUCAACAGUAUUUUCACAGACAGGGAAACGACAGAACGAGAGAAGGACAACCAAUUAACCUAUUUAUUUGUGUCUCGUAAACUGUAGACUAACGUAUUUUAGAGAGAGAGAGAGAGAGAGAGAGAGAGAGAGAAUGAAUGAGCGAUAAUUACAUAACUUAUUUAUUUUUGGCUCGUAAAUUGUAGACUAACGUAUUUUAGAGAGAGAGAGAGAGAGAGAGAGAAUUACAUAACCUAUAUUUUUGUCUCAUAAACUGUAGGCUAACGUAUUUUAGAGAGAGAGAGAGA